AUGUUUAUUAUUCGUUCCUUAAACGCGAUUGUAUUUUUAGGCAAAAGUGAUAUAGAACAAAGAAUCCUUGGCGGUCAGGAUGCUCCCGAAGGAAAAGCUAAAUGGCAGGCCUCUAUAAGAUUCGGUUAUUGGCAACACAAUUGCGGCGCUAGUGUUCUCAAUGAAAGAUGGCUUUUAACUGCUGCUCACUGCAUGUACAGUUACGGACAAUAUCUAUCGAUGUUGAGCGUGGUGGUAGGUACCAACCAUCUCCGAUCAGGAGGUCAAAGAUACAACCUAGAGUCGUACAUCAUUCACGAGAACUACAACCCUACGACUCAGGCCAACGACCUGUGUUUAUUAAAAACAUCAACACCAAUCGUUUACAACGAUAAAGUUCAGCCAGCCGAAAUGCCAACCGAGGAAACACAACCCGGCUCAAACCUGAUGCUGACUGGAUGGGGAGAGAUGGGAACCGAUGGCGACAUUCCCGACAAUCUGCAAAUGCUAAACUUCACAUCUAUAGGCACCAAGGAAUGUGAUGACAAAUACAAGGAGUUCUACGGAAAACGUGGGAAAUCUUUCCCCAUCACUGACAAACAGCUCUGUAUGACUGCCAAGCAAGGGACUGGAGGAUGUAAGGGAGACUCUGGUGGUCCCGUAGUUAAAGAUUUGUCCUUAGUCGGUGUGGUGUCUGUUGGUGUUGUACCAUGCGGCUAUGGUGUACCAGAAGUAUCGACGAACGUGAUCAAAUACGUUCCUUGGAUCAAGCAACAUACAGGAAUGUAAAUUUAACGAGUCCUUUACUAGUUGUACCAAACCAGCAGAAUAGGACGAUAAAUAUUAGUGAUUUGUAUAUUUUAUGCAGCAAAUUAGAAGGAAAUGUGUAAAAACA